AUGCAAGCAGCGGAAGCUCUGCAUUACCCCUCUUCUUCCUUCACUGACGGUUGGAUGGCGGAGGUCGAGGUGGAGGUGGAGGAGUCUCAACGCAGGCACUCGCGUAAGCGGAAGGAAGGCGAUGUGGUCACGACUUUGAAGAUUCCCCAUCGGGGGCCCCGCUCACGGCAAAGAUCGACAGAUCAGAGCCAGGAACCCUACGGCGGCUUUACCCCCAACUUUGCGACCAGCAAAUUUACCGACUUCCAUGUUGGUGGCGACAGCAUCUCGACACGCACCACCCAUCCGCAAGGGAGCUGGCUGUACCACAUCACGCUCGACUCCAAUGCCGCAGGCAACUGA